GCUUCACUUUACAUCCGCUUUGACUGAGUACGUCUUGUUGUUAAUGGAAUGUAUUUGAUUAUAUUUGUCAGCAACAUCGAAUAUAAUAGCUCUGAACGUGAAAAAGAAAGAAUUAUGGGUCAAGAUACAGAGAACAUUGAUUAAAAACAUUGAGAGCGGAACUGGAAUCGGAUAGUUGGUUCGUCCGUCAGAACAGAAAUCAUCGAUGCACCUCAUCUCAACGAGAACACAGAACACCUUGGAGCUGAAGAAUGUUCAUGUAUCAGUGAUAUCUGUAACUCAUAAGAAAAGCAGUGAAUUAUACAGAUCGGUGACGAAAUGCCUCUUCCAAGGACCGUGCCUCCACUGCGCAAGCUACUGAGCUCCAGCCAACGCCAUCAGCUGCUGCUGCCCCCCACCACUCCUCUCACUGUGCCCAGGGCUAUGAUUCAGAAUCCUUACAGGCGGCCUGGCCAGCCCAAAGACAACACGCCACCAUGGAAGAACAUUAACUUUGACUUUAAAAAGGGUGUGGAGGGGAUAAAGAAGCAUUUCAAGCUACUUGGAAAAGAGUUGCUUGCACCCUUAACUGGUCCAGAAGGCAAAGAACUUCUUGAGCACAUGCUGGAGCAGAACCGAGUGAUAUGGGAGUUUAGAGGUCCAGAGAGCCUGGAGCAAUGGAUAGUGUCCUCAGAUAGCGAAAUAGGAGGGCAAAGUGAGGUCUACUUGAAGCUUGGCAGAAACAAUAAUACAUGUUUACUGUACGGGACACUAAACUCCACUCCUCCAAAAGAUGGUGAAACUCGCUACAGUGGUUACUGCACCAUGCGUUCAAAGCAAACACUGGCUUCCUUUGAUAGGAAGAAGCAUUAUGAUUGGUCCUACUUCAACACCCUGCAUUUGCGCAUACGUGGAGAUGGGCGUCCAUGGAUGAUCUACAUCACACCAGAAACAUACUACACUCACCACAAAGAUGACAUGUACAAUUAUUUCAUCUAUACCAGAGGAGGACCCUACUGGCAAGAUGUCAAGAUCCCUUUCUCCAAGUUCUUUCUUACACAUCGUGGGAGGGUUCAGGAUGGCCAGUAUAAUCUCUGGCUGGACAAGAUUAACACCAUUGGCUUUACUCUCGGAGAUAAAGCGGACGGCCCCUUUCAGCUGGAGAUUGAUUUCAUAGGUGUCACGAAAGAUUAUGCACACACGGAGGAGUUUGCCUACGAGCUGUACAAGAGGAAUCCUGAAGUUUGACAGCAACGCACUGCAGAUCUGCUGUCAGUGGAUGAAGAACUGUAUUAUACAGGUGCUAUAAAUGAAACACUUACAGCUG